AUGCCGGUAUCAUCUACAAUUGCACAGACGAUGUUCGCUUUAUCCAGAGAAUCCGGAAAUUCCAUUGGCGGCAGUUCAUCUAUUUCGUCGGCCAGUCUUCCUGAUGAUCAACAACAAACACCGGUUAUUUGGGCUUAUGAAAAAGGACAUGACCAGAUUGUUGCGUUGCUCAAACAUUAUGCAAAUAAGCGUCCUGAUUCGGAUGUUUGCUCCGAAUAUAGGUUCAUACGAAUGUUUUCAGGAAACAGAAAGUUAAAUCCCCUUUUGUAG